GAGCAGAGCGGAGCGGAGCGGCCAUGGCAGCGACGGGGCUGGCGGGCAUCGUAGCGCGGCCGCUGGGCGCGGCUGAGCCGCUGGCGCUGAGCUCGCUGCGGGGCAAAGUGCUGCUGGUGGUCAACGUGGCGUCGCUCUGAGGCACCACCACGCGCGACUUCCUGCAGCUCAACGAGCUGCAGCAGCGCUACGGGCCCCGCGGGCUGCGCGUGCUCGGCUUCCCCUGCAACCAAUUCGGGCACCAGGAGAACGCCACCAACGAGGAGAUCCUGCGCUCGCUGGAGUACGUGCGGCCCGGCAACGGCUUCAAACCCAACUUCACCAUGUUCGAGAAGUGCGAGGUGAACGGGAAGGGCGCUCACCCGCUGUUCGCCUUCCUGAGAGAGGCGCUGCCCUUCCCGCACGACGACCCCUCGGCGCUGAUGACCAACCCGCAGUACAUCAUCUGGUCGCCGGUGUGCCGCAACGACGUCUCCUGGAACUUCGAGAAGUUCCUCGUGGGCCCCGACGGCGUCCCCUUCCGCCGCUACAGCCGCCACUUCGAGACCAUCAAACUGCAGGACGACAUCGAGCUGCUGCUCCAGAAGGUGCCCAAGGAGGCUCUGCAGUAAAGGAAAGCCCGCACCUCUGUCAUACAAAGAGCUGAGCUCCGGCUGAGCUCCCGACAUCCACGCAAGCUUUGCUCGUGACGGCGCAUCUUCCAAAGCCUCGAAGUGCGCCCGAUGUUUUCAAAGCUGCGUGGAGAAAUGGUUGGGGGAACAGCCUGGAGAAGCAGCCCGCGAGUCUGGGUAACGUUGUGGGAUUCUCCGAAUAAAGGAAAAAGUCUGUCUGCUUUAA